AUGAAUAGAGAUGAAGGUGAACGACCAGACGUUGGCACUCUUACGGGCGACGAUGUCGCGAAACACAACUCCCGAGAGUCUUGCUGGGUGAUUGUACACGGCAAAGCAUAUGAUGUGACGGAAUUCUUGCCAGAGCACCCAGGAGGACCCAAGAUUAUCCUCAAGUAUGCCGGCAAAGAUGCGACUGAAGAGUUCGACCCGAUCCAUCCGCCUGACACUUUGGACAAAUUCCUGCCCAAGGAAAAACAUCUCGGACCGGUGAACAUGGAAACGGUCGCGACGGAAGUGAAAGAAGAGUCUCCGGAAGAAAAGGCCAGACAAGAGCGUAUCAAGAACAUGCCGCCACUGGAGGCUUGCUAUAAUCUGAUGGAUUUUGAAUCCGUGGCCAGGGAGGUCAUGAAGAAACCCGCCUGGGCGUACUACAGCUCCGGAGCCGACGAUGAGAUUACCAUGAGAGAAAACCAUUCUGCCUUUCACAAGAUAUGGUUCCGACCGAGAAUACUCGUCGAUGUGGAACAUGUCGACAUCAGUACCACCAUGCUGGGGACGAAGUGCGAUAUUCCUUUCUACGUUACCGCCACCGCGCUGGGCAAGUUAGGCCAUCCGGAGGGAGAAGUGGUAUUAACAAGAGGUGCAAAGAAGCACAAUGUCAUCCAGAUGAUUCCGACAUUGGCCUCAUGCAGCUUCGACGAAAUCUGUGAUGCGAAAGAAGGCGAUCAAUGCCAGUGGUUGCAGCUCUACGUCAACAAAGACCGGGCGAUUACCAAGAAAAUUGUUCAGCACGCCGAAGCCCGAGGCUGCAAGGGUCUCUUCAUCACGGUGGAUGCUCCUCAGCUAGGCCGACGAGAGAAGGAUAUGCGGAGUAAAUUCGAAGAUGUCGGUUCCAACGUACAAAACACCAGCGGGUCGAACGUCGACCGGUCACAGGGCGCCGCAAGAGCCAUCUCCAGCUUCAUCGACCCCAGCCUCAGCUGGAAGGAUAUCCCAUGGUUCUUGAGUAUUACAAAAAUGCCCAUCAUCCUCAAGGGCGUGCAACGAGUUGAGGAUGUCCUGAAGGCCAUCGAAGUAGGAGCUCACGGUGUCGUGCUCUCCAAUCACGGAGGCCGCCAGUUGGAUUUUGCUCGAUCCGGUAUUGAGGUUCUGGCCGAGGUGAUGCCUAUCCUCCGCGAACGCGGCCUUCAAGACAAGAUUGAGGUAUUCAUCGAUGGCGGCGUGCGACGGGCGACAGAUAUCAUCAAAGCUCUAUGUUUGGGGGCCAAGGGCGUGGGCAUCGGGCGGCCUUUCUUGUUCGCUAUGUCUGCGUACGGCCUUCCUGGGGUGGAUAGGGCAAUGCAGCUUCUGAAGGACGAAAUGGUCAUGAAUAUGCGACUCAUUGGAGCUUCCAAAGUGGAGGAUUUGACACCCGAUAUGGUCGACACCGCGGGACUGAAAGCCCACACUGCAACCGUGCCUCAAGACACGCUCGGGAUUCGAGCAUACGACCCGCUGAUUACGCCACACGACAUGUUGAAAUCGCGUUUAUGA